AUGCCACCGUCGCAAAUUCAAGUUCCGCCACUGGGCCUUGCAACAGUACGAGGGGCUUUGCUUUCCGAUGUUAAAGCCCCCCGUGCUGGGCCAGGAACGCGUGGUAAGGAGUUAACUGCGGCCCAAGAAACUGUCUUGUGGAGUCUGUAUUUGCAGCAUAAGCUCUUUCCUUUUGACAAUAAGCUGCCUGCCAAGAGGUUUUGGUGUGAUCUUGCGAAGAAGUUUCAAGAGCAGACUCAGCGUUCGUAUUCGUGGUUGUCUGCUAAACGACGGAUCGUUGCGUUGUUGAGAACUCGUGGAAUUCAGGUGGAAUGGUGUGCUGAGCCGCCGAGGGUAUCGGUACUGGGGCCUGGAUCUCGGGAGGCUGCUGUGCAGUGUGGUAGAGGGUCGGCCGAUGACGACGGUGGGGAGUUGAGUUCGGCACCUGGGCCUGGAUUUGAAUCUGCUCGCAAAAAGAAUGGUAGCCAGGAUACCCUGGACUUGUCCCAGAAACCGACGAUCAACCCCAGAUUGGAAAACAUUCAGAGCUCCAAUCGGAAGUCCGAGACUGUGUCGGCACCUGACAACCGGACUGGAUCUAUUCGUGAAGAGAAUGGCGAUGUUGAUGAUUCGCACUUUUCACGGCGAUCGACGUUCAAUCAGAGACUGAAACAGCUCCAGGGGUCCCAGGUCAAACAAUCAGUCGCAUCUAUGCCCGAGCAAAAGACAGUUGCUGUUAGUAACUGGCUUAAAAAAAACCACUCAACAUCCCUCCCAGACAAGGAUGCCGAUAGUGAUGAUGCAGAGCCACUUAGCUCUAAGAGCCCUUGUCCGAAGCAAACCAGACCGACCAAAGUCACCAAAUCCCGAGCGAGAUCGCGAUCUCCCCUCUUUGACAAACAUCCCGUUUAUCGCAGCCGAUCGCCGCGUUCAUAUGAAAAGACAGAACAGGCUCCCAAACGAAAGGACCACUCAAGUUCAGCCCAGGCCUCACGAAGUGAACUGAGAAAGCGGCGGCCAUUUGCCAAUGAUUUCCUAGAGUGUACUCACCUGGUGUCUCAAACGGGCAGUCCCGAAACACCGCGAAACGCAAACAGUGAGCAGCCUGAUACUCUCGAUUCAACCUCGUCGGAUGAUGAAAAUGACCUGCCGGAAACGCCAGUUCGGAUUCCGAGAAGGCUCCGUGAUGCUCAAUGA